AUGGAAAAUCCCCAAGAAGAACACUGGGUUGCAGUUAAGCGUAUCUUUCGCUACCUACAAGGCACCAAGACGCAUGGAAUUUGCUACAAGCCAAGUGCAAGGAUCGACUUCCGUGGAUAUUCGGAUGCGGAUUGGGCUGGUGAUCUUACCGACCGCAAGUCAACAUCGGGGUACACGUUCAUGCUACUCGGUGCGCCAGUGGGUUGGGGCAGCAAGAAGCAGCCAAGUGUUUCGUUGUCCACGACUGAAGCUGAAUACAUCGCACUCAGCUUGGCGAUUCAAGAGGGCAAGUGGAUUCAUCGUCUGCAUUGUGAGAUCGUGAUGGCUGCCAAUGAAGAAGGACCGGAACUCAUGAUUCAUGAAGACAAUCAGUCAUGUAUCAAGAUGACGAAGAACCCAGUCAACCACGGCCGUGCCAAGCACAUUGAUAUCAAGAACCCAGUCAACCACGGCCGUGCCAAGCACAUUGAUAUCAAGCAAGUUCCAAUCACAUCCGUGAUGAGGUCAAGCGCGGUGAAGUGA